AGAAAUGCAUGGAAUACCAAUAGGCCUGGUGUUUGCCAUUUAUUAUCCCAUCCUAGCUGCUACUGGAGUUCCAGCAAAUCUGGCAGUGAUUGUGAUUCUGUCCCGAAGAAAAUGUGGUCUCUCUAUGUGUAUCACAUAUUACCUUGUGUCGAUGGCAGUGACAGAUCUCCUGGUCAUGAUCACAGUUGUAAUAUUUAACCGGAUUGCUGGCAUUUAUUUUCAAUUGAGUUUCCUAUCUCUCACACCGGUGUGCAGUGUUCGCAAUUCUAUAAAUUUUGCAGUCAUUGACAGUUCUGUCUGGUUAACGGUUGCUUUUACCUUCGAUCGAUUUGUGGCCAUUUGUUGCCAAAAGUUAAAAUUAAAAUAUUGCACCAAGAAGGUGGCAUCGUGUGUGAUUGGAAUUGUGUCAGUGCUGUGUUGUCUGAAAAAUAUCUCCACUUAUUUUGCAUAUGAGCCUAUAUACAUAAUUGAUAAAACACCCCGGUUCUGUGGUCAUAAAAUAGAAUAUUAUACAACACCAGAAUGGGCUGCCUAUGACUGGAUUCGUUCCAUUGUAACCCCGUGUCUUCCAUUCAUUCUGAUUGUACUGCUUAAUGCUUUGACUGUUAGACAUAUUGUUGCAGCCAAUAGAGCCCGCAGGAGAUUCCGGAUGCAUAGUAAUGGAGAGAAUGAGAGUGAUCCAGAGAUGGAGAAGCGAAGAAAAUCGAUUGUUUUACUUUUUGGCAUCUCGGGAAGCUUCAUUCUUUUAUAUUUGUUGUACUUUGUGACAAUUAUUUAUGUUCGGAUUGCAAAUAUUCCUUUUUCCUCUGUUUCUGAUGUCAGUAAGUCCAUAUUUAUUGUUCAACAAAGUGGAUAUAUGCUUCAGUUAUUGAGCUCCUGCAUCAAUCCGUUUAUUUAUGCUGGCACUCAGAGUAGAAUCAGAGAGGAGAUAAAAAAUGGUGUGACAUAUCCAUUAAGUCUAUUUGCCAAAAUGUUUAGAAAUUGAAAAGAUAGAAAACAAUCUGAACUAUAAAUCAUAUUGCAGCCUCUUUGUUGUCUAUGCUGUAGAGUCAUAUUGCACGAUGCACCUCAUCCACACUGAUCGAGUUUCCCAAAUUGAACUAGUCCAACUUGCCUAUAUAUGGCCGUAUCCCUGCAAGACUUUCUUAUACGUAUAAGUCCAAAUGUCUUUUAGAUUUUGUAACAGCCCACAUCUACCAUUUCCUGCAGCAGUUCAUUUCCACAUAGUAACCACCCUUAGUGUGAAAAAAUUCCCCUCAGUUUUCAUUUAAAUUUUUCUCUCCUCACCUUAAAAAUAUGCUCUUCAGUUUUGAACUCCCCACCCUAGUGAAAAUAACAUUCCUAUUCACCCUACCUAUGCCCCUCAUGAUUUUUAUAAAUCUUUGUAACGUCACCUCUCGAUUCUUAUGCUCCAGUGGAAAAAGUCCUAACCUAUCCAAUAUAUCUCAAACCCUCUAUUCAGGGCAACAUCCUGAUUUCUUCUGAACGCUCUCAAAUUCAAUAAUAUACUUCCAACAGCAUGACAACCAGAACUGUAUACAAUACUGUAAAAGUGAUCUCAAUGUCCUGGACAACUUUAUCAUAACAUCCAAACUUAAUGAUCUAACCAAUGAACACAAGCACGUUAAGUGCCUUCUUACUUAACCAUCCUGUCUACCUGUGAUGCAACUUUCAAAGAACUAUGUCCCUGAACCCCUUAUCCUCUCUGUUCGACACUGCCAGGGCCCUAACAUUAACUGGAUACGUCUUGAUGUGCAGAUUCCAGUGUUGGACUGGGUGAGCAAAGUCGGAAGUCACACGACACCAUGUUAUAGUCAUGCCAUUUCUUAAGGGUCUAGGCCCGAAACGUCGGCCUUCCUGCUCCUCUGAUGCUGCUUGGCCUGCUGUGUUCAUCCAGCUCCACGCCUUGUUAUCUCAGGUUCAAGUCUAACAGGUUUAUUUGAUAUCAUCAGCUUUCCGAGGGCUGACGAAGGGACAGCACGUCAGGACGUACGCAGUUAAUGGUAGGGCCCUGGCAGUGUCAAACAGAGACUGUACUCCUCCUCCUCUUCCUCCAUUUACUAUUACUUGAUUUAGAUUGCAUAGAGUCAAAUCUCACAGCUGUUUAAAGUUUUAAAUUUUAGCAUUGAAAACUAACCUCAGUAACAUAGAACAUAGAACAUUACAGCACAGUACAGGCCCUCCGGCCCUCGAUGUUGUGCCGAUCUGUCAUACGGAUCUCAAGCCCAUCUAACCUACACUAUUCCAUGUACGUCCAUAUGCUCAUCCAAUGACGCCUUAAAUGUACCUAAAGUUGGUGAAUCUACAACUGUUGCAGGCAAAGCGUUCCAUUCCCUUACUACUGAGUAAAGAACGUUCACGUAGAUUAUCUUGUAGAUUGUGUAAGAUGCCAUUAGGUUCAGAAGGAAAUCUAUAUCCUUUACUUUGUCUUGACUAACUGUGCCACGGAACUAGAGUGAUGAGAGGAAUCGCUAAAUGGCUGAGUUGCGGGCAACACUUGUUCGUUCACCUACGUGGGGAAAACAAUAAAAAACUUCUCUAACGACAGACUCCUCAAGUCCCAUCUUUUGCAAUGAUGAUCACCGAGGACUGAAGAUGAGGUACAGUCCUCCUCGACUUGUUCUUUGAUUGUCCGCCACA